UCAUUUCCUGCACUGUGACCUUAUCAAGCGUUUUUGCAUGAACUCUGUGUCAGCAAGCGCUUUCUCAAAUUCAUGUGCGACAAAAAUGAUUUUGCCGGCUGCAAAUAACGAAGAAGGGACAGUUGUUCUCAGCAAAUUGUCAGGAUGUAGUCGCGUUGAAGUUGAGCCAGUGGGUCGAUGGUUCGAAGCUGUGAGCCUGCGGCGACGACACAAACACACCCUGUCCCAGCAUUCCCUAUCGAGUUCAAGCUCGUCGGAAAGUGAAGAUGACCUUGACGAUGUACAGGAUGAUGACAAGCUUCUUCUUAGCCUUGACCCUAAAGACUGGAAGAAUCAAGACCACUAUGCAGUACUUGGGCUUGGCAAACAGAGGUUUAGGGCAUCAGAAGCUCUUAUCAAAAAGGCUUACAAGAAAGCAGUGCUUCAUCAUCAUCCAGACAAGCGGCGCGCACGUGGCCUACAGGUGAAAGAGGGGGAGGACGACUACUUCACCUGCAUCACUCGAGCCUGGGAGACGCUGGGAGUCCCAUUAAAGCGGCGGUCCUACGACAGCAUAGACCCGCAGUUUGAAGAUUCAGUACCUUCACAGAACGCCAACUCGAAGGAAAACUUCUUUCAAGUCUUUAGGCCGGUGUUUGCAGAGAAUGCCAGGUGGUCGAACAAGAAGCGUGUGCCCGACAUUGGAGAGGACAGCUCCAGCUUUGAAAUAGUCAACAGAUUCUACUCAUUCUGGUAUGAGUUUGAUUCAUGGCGGGAGUUUUCUUACUUGGACGAGGAGGAGAAAGAAAAGGGGGAAAAUCGUGACGAACGUCGUUGGAUUGAGAAACAGAACAAGGCUGCGCGGCAGAAGAGGAAGAAGGAAGAGAUGACGCGCAUACGCCAGCUUGUAGACAAUGCAUAUGCGUGUGAUCCCCGGAUUCAGAGAUUUAAAGAAGAGGAGCGCGAGAAGAAAGCAUCGCAGAAACGAGCUAAACAGGAUGCGGCACGGCAACGACAGGAAGAGGAAGACAGGCGCCGUCGUGAAGUGGAGGACGCUGAAAGGAAGCAAAAAGAAGAGCAGGAAGAAAAGGCCAGGCAGCAGGCAGCAGAAGCCAAAAAAGAGAAGGAAGCACAGAAGAAACUGCUUAAGAAGGAGCGUAAAACACUGAGAACAGUUGUCAAGGAGUAUGGUUUCUUCACAGAAGAAGAUUCACUGCGAGUCACCAACAUGGCAGAGUUGGACAAGCUGGCGGAGCUCCUGGAACUCACAACGUUACAGACAUUGAAUGAGAAACUUACGUGUGGAGAUAAAUCAAAAGCCUCGGAGGCUUUUACAGAACAGGUUCGUCAAAUGAAUGCAAAGUUGGAAGAAGAAAAGAGACAACAGCUCGAAGAGAUAGCCCAACGCUCUUCCGGUGAUAAAGCAUCCCGCGCGGGUAAGCCUUGGCCCGCAUCUGAACUCCAGACGCUCAUCAAGGGUGUGAACAUGUUUCCAGCUGGCACUAAAGACAGAUGGGAAGUGAUAUCCCAUUUUAUCAAACAACACAAUCCCAACAGUGACAAAGGACCAAAGGAUGUCCUCGCCAAGGCUAAAGAGCUGCAGAAAAACGACACUCGCCUCAAGUCGCAGGCAACGGAUAAUGCGUUCCAGAACUUUGAGAAAACUCAGAAAAAGGAAACUGGGGCCAAGCCAAAAGAAGGCGUUCUCAGUGAACGCACUGAAACUAUUGCAGAACAACAGAUACGAGAGACAGGUUUUAAUCCCGCGCCCUGGACGCCUGACGAACAAAAGCAGUUGGAACAGGCGCUAAAGACAUUUCCUGCGUCGACCACGGAUCGCUGGGACCGUAUUUCAGAGGCUGUCCCCAAUCGCAGCAAAAAAGACUGCAUGAAGCGAUACAAGGAGCUGGUUGAGCUAAUUCGAGCCAAGAAAGCCGCCCAAGAUGCGGCAAAGGCUGCAAAGUAAGCCCAUCCUACUGCUGGCAUGUACACGACCAACUCCUGGCAAGAAUUGCUCGACCUUUCAAUGAUGGAUAUAAUUGAGAUGCUGCCAGAAAUAUCAGCCCUGUGAAGAUAUUCAUGUUGUUGACAAAUUGUGAAAGUUGAAUAAACGUUAUUGGAAUAAUACAAACUCAUUUAAGAAUGUGUACAAUUGAAUUAGAAUAAGUCUUAAAAAUGUUGCAAAAUAGGUGAAAUUUAUGAUGACAAAAAGGUGUCAUACAUGGUCUUUUUAUAACAAUGUACCUUAACAGUAUACCUAGGUCGUUUAAACGGAAAAAAAAACAACAAAGUCUUUUUAACGAGUAUCCAUCUCGUUUUAAAUCCUAAGUCGUUAUAACGAAAUACAUAUGUUGUUUAAAGAUGUUGAUAAGCCGUGUAAACGAGAAACUUCAGUCAUUAUUAGAUUAAUAAAAAAAUAUACGUGUCACUUCCAUGCCACCGUAGAAUUUGCCGUUAUAUGAGGCACAAUAUUUGCAAAACGUAAAAAUGUCCUUUUUUCCUCAUCGCGACUUAUUUUCCCUGUUCAUGUCACAAUAAUGCAACAACCAUUUAUUUAAGUAUUUUGGAUUUGGAUCAUAUUUUUUCCGAGAACAUUUGUGAACUGUGAUUAAAAGUUUUGUAUUAAAUGUUUCAUGCGA